ACCAGCUUCGAUAGUAUCACAAGUUUUGCUGAUAGAUGAUUGACUUUUUAUUGAUGGUGAAUUUUCGGGAGUGUUCUCCCCGUAGCUAAUUCACGUUGUUGUCGUGCGUAAUAACCCAUGGUAUUCAAGGAAAGUACUUAUUUACUAAGGAACUUUGACGUGCUGCUGCAAGAGAGCUAAUUCCAGCAUCAGGCAUUAGUGUGAUUUGGAAAAAAAAGUGUCGCACUUAUUUUAUUCAUCGAAUUCUGGUGCGUCAGAAAAGUCGAUUCCGAUAAGAGACCAAAAGUGUUAUCAAUAGAAAAGGAGUGAGUCAUCUAUUGUUUUGCAAUUCCAAGGAUCCAAAUUCGCACGAUAUAUCGGAAGUGUCGAAAAAUGUGGUUCAAUGUUUGAACAUACGUAGGAAGCUUGUGAAGUAGAUUUUACCAAACAUUGCGUUUUUUCAAGAAACAAGGUCAGCUGAAAGAAAAGGCAAUCAUCCGAAGAAGAAAACAAACUUGUGAAACAGUUCAACUGCCUGGAGUGGCAAAGUAGCGAAAAAGCGAUUGAGAUAACAAAAACGUUAGCGGUUAACUUACGAGAAAAAUAAAAAUCAGGGAGCAAUGAAAAAAUUGAUCUCCAAGUUCGAAACCAAGAAUGAAGCUACACCGAGUAAGGAAACCAACAGUUUUGUAGGAAAAACCUUUAAGCUCAGCAAGGAUAAUGUGGUUACUGUGGAGGAAGUGUUGGCCGAAGGUGGUUUUGCUGUGGUAUUCCUAGUCAAAGGGCCGAAUGGACAGAGAUACGCCUUAAAGCGGCUGUACGUGAACAACGAACAUGACCUGGGUGUUUGUAGUCGGGAGAUUAAGAUUGCGAGCAAUCUUAGUGGUCACAAAAACAUCAUCGGAUAUAUUGACCACAGUAUCAACCCAAAGGGUAACGGGGUACACGAAAUACUGCUACUGAUGCCUUACUGCAAGACAAAUCUUCUGACGUUAAUGAAUGCUCGUAUACCAAAUGGAUUCAGCGAGCAGGAUGUUCUGCAGAUUUUCUGUGAUGUAGCGGAGGCGGUUGCUCGGCUGCACCAGUGUCAAACUCCAAUUAUUCACCGUGACCUAAAAAUUGAGAACAUUCUACAAAAUGACAUCGGAAACUUUGUGCUAUGCGAUUUCGGAUCAGCUACCGCUCGAGUGUUAAAUCCCAAUACUCACGGUAGAACAUUGGUGGAGGAAGAAAUACAAAAGUACACGACCCUCUCCUAUCGUGCACCGGAAAUGAUAGACUUAUUUACCGGGAGCGAUAUCACAGUUAAAGCCGAUAUUUGGGCGCUCGGAUGUUUGCUAUACAAGCUUUGUUUCUUCACACUUCCUUUCGGCGAAAGUGCUUUGGCUAUUCAAAGUGGUCAAUUCAGUAUUCCAGAUAACUCCAAGUAUUCCAAGGAAAUGCAUCAGUUGAUUCGAUACAUGCUGGAACCAGACGCAGAUAGGCGUCCGAAUAUUUACCAGGUUUGUGACAUAGCUUUUAGGAUUGCAGGAAAAACAAACCCAGUGCGUAAUUUGACAAAGUCUGCCGUACCAGCAAUAGAAUCUUUGACCGUUCCACCGUUCGAAAAUGAAUCGAAACGUGUUCCGGCAAUUCCGGGCAAUAACAGCAAAACCACAAAAUCUGCAGCUCCUCUUGCUGAGGGAGGCACUUCGGUCGCUCCUCGUCAGCGUCCGAAGGCAUCUCAGUCAACAGUCAACAAUAGUUUUUCUUUGGGUCUACCACUAAAUCCAUCACCGAAGAAUAUUCUCUCCUCGCCGACACCAGGCAUAGUGUCAGCAGUCAGUCAACAGGAACAAAUUGGCCAGCCAGAGGCAUUUGUGGCUAGCUUCACUGCAAACUUUCCUCCUCCGGGACAAGAAAUACCUGGUAGUAACCUGUUUCAACCAACCUUUCCUGACCCGUUUCGGGAAGCAGAAGCAGCCGAAGCUCUCUCCCUGGCUCACGCUGAUCGUUCCAGUUCUUCUGCGACUAGAGAAUCGUCAACGUCAUCAGUUCUUCAGUCACCUAUUCACGCAUCUGUUUCUUCACAGUCCGGAACAUCGUACGGUGCUGGGAAUGGUCCUAGCGUAACGGGAAUGUAUUUACCAUCUAAACACACUGUUGUUGGUCAUCGACGGAACAUGAGUGAUACUUCAGCAUUCAACAAAGCAUACACCACAGAAACUUCACAAUUCCUAGCGCCGUACGAUGCCUCAAACAAUUACCAACCACCGGAUGCGGUUCCAAGUGGUAACGGUUCGGAACAGAACCUUCAUUCAAUUCCGGCGACAUUUGAAUCACGCUCCUCCAAUCCUCAAUUAAAUCCAACACAAAACAAUCAGCAAACGUGGAAUCCUUUUGGCGAUCCAACUCCUUUCGCUCAAAUGACAGAGGACCACAUCUUUGGUGAAGAGUUUGACAAAAUCCGUCAGCAAGGAUCACAAGGAAGCCUUAAAACACCUCCGGAAUCAAGAUCUCGGCAGCCGUCGCUACCGCUGGUACAACCCAUGUCAGGCACACAGGCAACAUCCGUGAGUACAGUUACCACAAAUGUACAGACCCAGUUCUCUCCGGAAAAUAUACCCGACACAUUGGAAGAUGAUCCGUUCAGUUCCGCUCCCUUCACACUACCCGUGCGAGACAAAUCUCGCUCUCUGAAGCUUGGAUCUAAACGAAUUAUCGUCAUCGAUGGAGGUUUCUCUACGCAACUGGCGACCCAUGUUGGGCAAGUAAUUGAUAGUGAUCCUCUAUGGAGUUCCCGUUUUAAUGCAACCAAUCCAAACGCGGUCAUCGAAACGCAUCUGGAUUUUCUAAAGGCAGGCGCCGAUUGUAUUCUCACCAACACUUAUCAAGCAUCGAUUGAGGGCUUCAUGGACUAUCUCGAUAUGAACGAAGAGGACAGCAUCAAACUAAUCAAAUCGUCCGUCGAGCUGGCCAAAAUAGCUCGUUCCCGUUAUCUCGCCGAAAAGCUGGAAAACAUAUCCCACAAAAUUCCCUGGGUAGUCGGCUCGAUUGGACCGUACGGAGCACAUCUGCACGACGGUUCCGAGUAUACCGGCAAUUACGUUGACACCGUUCCACUCGCUCGCAUCCAGAAAUGGCAUCGACCUAGAAUUAAUGCCAUUCUUGAGACUGGCGUCGAUGCUCUUGCCCUUGAAACCAUUCCAUGCCGCGGUGAGGCUGAAGCUUUACUUGAUCUGAUGACAGCCGAGCAUCCUACGGUGCGGUUCUGGAUUUCCUUGCAUUGCAAGGACGGUAUGAGUACUGCACACGGUGAAAAUUUCGCCGAAACAGCCAUCGGUUUAUGGAAUAAGGCUCGGCUGCUGAAAAAUCCCAAUCUGCUGGCAGUGGGAAUAAAUUGCGUCCACCCGCAGCACACACUGUCGCUGCUGAAGGCAGUGAAUGAUCUGCGAGUCGACGAGGAAAACAUACCAUUGAUAGUGUAUCCGAACUCCGGCGAAGUGUGGAACGGAGGCUCGUGGACCGGCCAAGCAGAUUGUAUUCCACUGGAAACGUACGUACCACAGUGGAUCGAGUUGGGCGUUAAAUUUGUUGGGGGAUGCUGUCGCACCAAUGCUAGAGAUGUGAAGCGGAUCAAAAAAACGGUUAUAAAUCUGUACGGCGGUCGGUGUUCCUAGGAAAAACCGGAGCAGGCGGAGGUCGUUGUAUCCGGCGAAAUGCUGUGAUGAGCCGGACGUUUUCUCCUUCUUGUUGACUCGCAAUAUGCAAUGUUCGACGAUACACAGAUGGAUCAGAAGAAAACACAACGGCGAAGGUCUCUUCCUGCCGAAAUCCAGCGUUGCUCUCGCUAAUAUUACCAUUCCGCAGGAUUAUUCUGAACACGUGGUAGGUAAGUAACAUUUCGAUUUAAUUGAACAGAAGCUAAUUUGUCUAUUGCUGACACAGCAAUACGCGGGCUUCGAAUGUUUGGUUGCUAUAUUUUUAUGUCGUAGAGUUUUUUCUCGGUGACAUCUCUCCGGAGAUAUUGAACAUAGUUAGUUAAGCACAAGCUAUUCAGUCACUGAUAAUCCAGAUAAGCCUAAAUGGUCUUUGGAAUGAUGGCGUAAAGAAAGGGGGUUAAUCGAAGGUGUGUGAUUGCAGAACGAAUUGAAAAAGUAUAAGCAAAUAGUGUAUUUGUAUAUAAGCAUAUAUUUUAAAUUCCAGCAAAAAACGAAAUAUAUAUAUUUACACGUAUUAAGACAGACAUUGUUCCUGGUUAUCCCUCUCUUUAACACCUAAAAAUAGAAAUAUGCUCAGAAAUAAUGUUAGCUGAAAAGGUCAUAUCGCUGCACGCAGUGAGCUUAAAAUUAUAUCUGCAUAUUUAUUUGGAUACAAAAAAUGAAAUUUCACAGACAUACUUGUCAAAUCUAGUUCAAGUUGAUUGCGAGCAACAGAUCACAUUCGCACCGACAGCAAUAACGAACAAUCGAGUUAGUAACGAAAACUUCGUUAAUUCGUUUAUAAUUCCCAUUGUCUUACUGUCCUUUCAUUCCUAUGUUUAUCUUAUCAUUUUUCCCUUCCUUCUUAUCUAGUCCAUUGAAAGAUGUUUAUUUUCAUCAAUAUUUAGAUUCGUUUUUGAAGCAGACAAGCCAGUCGAUUCACGCUUCAUACGAAGUUUUCUAGUGUAGCAGAAGAAUAAUAAGUGUGGAGUCCCACUGAUUGGCAAUGUUAUCAACUGUAAAUAGGUGUAAUUUAUUGUUUUUGUUUUUUUUGUUCUCCUAUAUUAAUUUCAUAUAUAUUGCGAUUUGUUUCGUAGCAUAGCAGUAAUAAAUAAUAAAAAUAGUGAAAAGGAUAUAUUUAUACACACGAUAACCAUUCUGUAUGUUGUUACUGCUUGCAGUCGGAAAACAGUUUCAAUUAAGGUGAAAAACAGCAUGUAAUUAUGCUAUUUGAUUGAAUAAGAAAAUGAUUCAAGCUGACAAAUCGAUCACAGGCACACGUUCUUUACAUUAUAGAUCAUCAAGAAGAAAAAAAACAAGUAUGCAUUGAAAAAAUAAGACAGAGCGAGUACGAACUGUUUAUUCUAUUAUUAAUAGUUGCAUUUGAACCGCUAAGUGAGAUUUCUAAUAUCUGAAAAACGGCCAGCAAAUAUGCAAAAUAUUUGCUUCUACAACGAUUCCAUUGUUUCAUUCGGAGCCUGAUAAAGUAGCUCUAAAUUAUCCGACAACAAAACAAAAUAUUGAGAAUUAUUACCCCUAGUCUCGACUGUUAAUGAGUUUUUUGAAUAAAUUUAGCUAAUUUCUUUGACUCAAACCAAUCACAAAAAAUAAUAAAACGACAGUGUGACUGUAGCAAAUCAUGAAUCGAUUAUAGGUGGGGUUGAUAGGCUGUAUUGCAAUAAAGCAAACCAAUGAACCAAAUAAAAGAGAACCACUCAAACACACAUACGAGCAGAAACAACAAUUAACAGUGGAAGUAUAUAUUAUAAGAGUAAAUAAAUUAUUUGA